AUGGAUAUGAAAUCUGUCAAAAAGCUUGUUUACUUUUUAGACCGCGAAACAAGCCACUUACUUGCUAUGAUAAACAUGAAAUAUUCUUGGUGGGUGAACCACACAAUUCGCACAUUACCCGAACAAAGAGUUGUUUAUUCCUAUGAACAAUUAAGACCAACGUCUUUUUAUCAAACAGUUACUAUAGCCGUGGAGACGUGUGAUGUCUUCACAUUCAACAAAAAUUGCUUUGAAAAUAUUGUUUCCGUCAAAAUAAUGAAAAAUCGAGGAGGUGCAGUUCUUAACACAUUUAUAGAGUGUUUGGCCACUCAGUCUAUUCACUUAGAAAUCAUCGACAUUUUCUUUGUAUUGGUGUGCCCAAAAGUGGGUUCAUGUACUUGUCCAGCACUUUUUACAUCCCGAUUUCCUUUCCUCAAAAAGUUGUUCUUUAGACAGGUGAAUACCUCUAUACAAGCGCGUAUGACUAUUAAUAAGAUAUGUGACACUUUCAAAACAAAUAACCAAACAACACAAUUGGCCUUCUUUUUCGACUCACCAGCUUUCACACAAGAAGACCUUUACAGUGGUAUUGUGAAGAACACAAAUGCGUUUUUUGUUAUUCAAAGCUUUGGGUUUCUACUUGAGAAUUUAGAGAUGUGUCAUCAUAAUAACAUUUUGUUGUCAUCAGAUUCAUUGAAAGUAAAGGUGGACUGUUCCUCGACUUUUUUCAACUCAUUUUUGACAUUGAACAAACUGUAUUUAUUUUCUAAUGUCAGUUUUGUUACAAAAUCAAACGAUUUAGUCGAUUUGAAUUUUCUUGAAAAUACCAACUUCACAUUAGUUGGGAAAAUUCCCAUGUCAAAUACAUUCCUUUCAAAGGUACACGAAUUGACAUUUUGUGAAAUGGUCAUUCCACCAUUUAACGAUAUUGGGUGCAGAGAUAUUUCAAUGUACACAGCUCUGACCAAACUUUAUUUAACAACUAAAAGUUCAUUGAAACAUCUGCCAUUUUUAAUACCAAAUAAUUUGAAGGUGUUGGUGCUGAAUAACACAUUUGUGAAUUCAUUCACAGAACUUGGUAAUAUCACAGAGGUGUCAACACUGAGAACAUUGAGAGUGGAGUCAAUGAACAUCUCUGAAAUAACUAAUUUGCCGAAAUUACCAAUCACAAAAUUUGUUGUAGAUAAGUGCUCAUUUAGGGUAAGGCAGUUUGAGCACCUCUUCCCAAGAUUAUCAACUUUUAAAGCUCAAAAUUGUAUGUUAUUUAUCGUGGAACAAUUUCCAAAUACACUCACUUCUAUUAAACUGAAAAGUUUGAUGUCCCCGUGCUGCACAUUUGACACUAUUCAUUUGGUGUCUUUGUGUCUCAACAAAACAACGUUUUUAAAACAAAUCAGUCUGCCAACUUCACUUCAGUUCUUCUCUAUGAAGAAGUGUAACACCCCAGAAAAGUGGAAUCUAUCACAACUAUUCUUAUUGACGGAAUUCAGAAUGAAACACUGCUGUUCAAAAGACGUUGUGUUGCCUACAAAUUUGCAACUUCUCCAAGUCCUGAAAUGUGAUGAAACAACAAAACUGGAGAACUUGGAACAAUGUAAUCUCGUUAAUUUGAAAGUGAACCUCAAUUCAAAGUUUUUGAGCAGAAUACACAUUCCAUUUAACUCAGUCGACUUGUUCUAUGAGAAAGAAAAGGAUGUGAUGUUUUCCACAAAAGGUAAAAACAAGAA